AUGGGGCUGGUUCAUGACGCAGGAAAGGAGUCCAUGGGGCUGGUUCAUGACGCAGGAAAGGAGUCCAUGGGGCUGGUUCAUGACGCAGGAAAGGAGUCCAUGGGGCUGGUUCAUGACGCAGGAAAGGAGUCCAUGGGGCUGGUUCAUGACGCAGGAAAGGAGUCCAUGGGGCUGGUUCAUGACGCAGGAAAGGAGUCCAUGGGGCUGCUUCAUGACACAGGAAAGGAGUCCAUGGGGAUGGUUCAUGACGCAGGAAAGGAGUCCAUGGGGCUGCUUCAUGACGCAGGAAAGGAGUCCAUGGACUGCUUCAUGACGCAGGAAAGGAGUCCAUGGGGCUGGUUCAUGACGCAGGAAAGGAGUCCAUGGGGCUGCUUCAUGACACAGGAAAGGAGUCCAUGGGACUGCUUCAUGACGCAGAAAUACUUUGUCGGGGGACAAGACUUGCCGGGGGGCAGACUGUGCCAGGGGUCAGACUGUGCCGGGGGUCAGACUGUGUUGGGGGCCAGACUGUGUCGGGGGUCAGACUGUGCCGUGGGUCAGACUGUGUCGGGGGCCAGACUGUGUUGGGGGCCAGACUGUGUCGGGGGCCAGACUGUGUCGGGGGCCAGACUGUGUCGGGGGACAGACUGUGUCGGGGGACAGACUGUGUCAGGGGACAGACUCUGUCGGGGGACAGACUGUGUCGGGGGACAGACUGUGUCGGGGGACAGACUGUGUCGAGGGUCAGACUGUGUCGGGGGUCAGACUGUGUCGGGGGUCAGACUGUGUCGGGGGUCAGACUGUGUCGGGGCUCAGACUGUGUCGGGGGUCAGACUGUGUCGCGGGCCAGACUGUGUCGGGGGACAGACUCUGUCGGGGGCAGACUGUGUCGGAGGGCAGACUGUGUCGGAGGGCAGACUGUGUCGGGGGCACACUGUCGGGGGACAGACUGUGUCAGGGGACAGACUGUGUCGGGGGCCAGACUGUGUCGGGGGGCAGACUGUGUCGGGGGGCAGACUGUGUCGGGGGCCAGACUGUGUCGGGGAGCAGACUGUGUCGGGGCCAGACUUUGUCGGGGGACAGACUGUGUCGGGGGACAAACUAUGUCGGGGGACAGACUUUUUCGGGGGACAGACUGUGUCGGGGGACAGACUGUGUCGGGGGUCAGACUGUGUCGGGGGACAGACUGUGUCGGGGGACAGACUUUUUCGGGGGACAGACUGUGUGGGGGGACAGACUGUAUCGGGGGACAGACUGUGUCGGUGGCAGACUGUGUCGGGGGACAAACUAUACUGUGUCGGGGGACAGACUGUGUCGGGGGCAGACUUUGUCGGGGGACAGACUGUGUCGGGGGACAGACUGUGUCGGGGGACAGACUGUGUCGGGGGGCAGACUGUGUCGGGGGCAGACUGUGUCGGGGCAGACUGUGUCGGGGGUCAGACUGUGUCGCGUGAUAGACUGUGUCGGGGGACAGACUGUGUCGGGGGCCAGACUGUGUCGGGGGGCAGACUGUGUCGGGGGCAGACUGUGUCGGGGGGCAGACUGUGUCGGGGGGCAGACUGUGCCGGGGGUCAGAUUGUGCCGGGGGUCAGACUGUGCAGGGGGUCAGACUGUGCCGGGGGUCAGACUGUGUCGGGGGACAAGCUUUGUCGGGGGCCAGACUUUGUCGGGGGACAAGCUUUGUCGGAAGACAGACUUUGUCGGGGGACAGACUGUGUUGGGGAGCAGACUUUGUCGGGGGGCAGACUGUGUCGGGGGGCAGACUGUGUCGGGGGCAGACUGUGUCGGGGGGCAGACUGUGUCGGGGGGCAGACUGUGUCGGGGGUCAGACUGUGCCGGGGGUCAGACUGUGUCGGGGGUCAGACUGUGCCGGGGGCCAGACUGUGUCGGGGGGGCAGACUGUGUCGGGGGGCAGACUGUGUCGGGGGUCAGACUGUGUCGGGGGCAGACUGUGUCGGGGGCAGACUGUGUCAAGGGGGCAGGCUGUGUCGGGGGCAGAUUGUGCCAGUCUGGUAG